AUGACUAAUACCCUCACCGGUGUUCUUUGUCGAUUCAGGAAAGAAGUCACGGCCUUCAUGUGUGACGUGAAGGAAAUGUUCCACCAAUUCCAGGUAAAUAAAGAGCAUAGAAACUAUCUCCGGUUUCUAUGGUGGUUAAACGGAGAUGUUAGUCGCCGACUUAGUGACUGCCAGAUGAACGUUCAUCUGUUUGGUGCAGCUUCAUCGUCUGGCUGUUCGAACCUUGCAUUAAAGCAGAUUGCAAAAGACUAUUCAGAUGAGUUUGGACAUGAUGCAUCAGAUUUCAUACAGAACGACUUCUACGUAGACGAUGGGUUGAAAUCUGUAUCAACCGAAGAUGAAGCCAUUGAUCUCAUCAUGAGGACGAGAAAGAUUUGUGAACGUGGACGUCUUCACCUGCAUAAGAUUGUAUCCAACUCCAGAAAGGUAAUGCAAUCUGUUCCAGUUGAUGACAGAGGAAAGGACCUCAAGGAAUUGAAUCUUUCGCAAGACACCUUGCCUGUGGAAAAGGCUCUCGGAGUCCAAUGGUGCAUUGAAUCAGAUAAAUUUCAAUUCAGGAUCAACUUUCAGGAUAAACCACUGACUCGAAGAGGAAUCCUGUCUACAGUCAUGUCAGUGUAUGAUCCUCUGGGACUAUUAGCACCCAUAAUACUUCCUGCAAAGCUGAUUCUCCAAGAAUUAUGUCGGAUUUCUGCUGAAUGGGACGACCCCUUAUCGGAUACACUCAAAGCUAAGUGGGAACAGUGGAAGACCGACAUUCUCCAACUUCAGUACAUCUCCAUCGAUAGAUGCUACAAACCAAAAGACUUUGGAGAAAUCAGAGAUGUGCAACUUCAUCACUUCAGUGAUGCCAGUAACGCCGGUUAUGGGCAGUGUACCUACCUGAGACUUACAAAUCAAGAAGACAAGGUGCACUGUACCCUGGUGAUGGGAAAAUCCAGGGUCACUCCUAUCAAGACGGUAACCGUGCCCCGAUUAGAGUUAACAGCAGCCCUGUUAUCUGUAAAAAUUAGUUCCUUUCUGCAAAAUGAACUCGAUUUUGUAAAUGCCAAGCAUUUCUUCUGGACUGAUAGCAGAGUAGUUUUAGGCUACAUUAAGAAUGAAGCAAGACGAUAUCAUGUUUUCGUAGCCAAUAGAGUGAGUCAGAUCAGAGACGAGUCACUGCCUUCACAGUGGCAUCAUAUUGACACCAAAAUAACCCUGCUGAUACAGCUUCAAGAGGACUCACUGUCAAUCAGAUAG